AGUCACCUGACUUAACAGGUGGCAUAGGUUUGACCAGACACAAGUCGAACAGCUUUGUAAUUUUUCUCAUAGAAGAGAGAAUAGAAAUAUAGAGAAUAGCGUGUAAUAAUGCGUGGACUGAUUUGUGGACCUAAAUGCGCUGCAUGUGGGAUUGUGGUGAGCAUAUGGGGGAUUAUAAUGUUGGUCUUGUUGGGGAUUUUCUUCGUUAUACAUUCAGCUGUGCUAAUUGAGGAUGUGCCUCUACCUGAAGACCUUUACCAAGAUACAAACCCUCCUCAGGCGAUCUAUGACCUGUACAACCAGGUGGGCUACAAUUGCUUCAUAGCAGCUGCUGUCUAUGUACUGAUUGGAGCUUUCUCCUGCUGCCAGAUGAGGCUCAACAUGCAGAAGGAGUACCUGGUGCACUAGUGCCACCUGCUGGCCUAACAAACUCACAGCAGCACCUUGACAGCAGGACAAUCUAUUCAGAGCAUCAGCUGCUGACUGGUUUUUGACUUUUGUCUUUGGGGUUAAAAUUCCUAAUCAGAGGUCCAGUGUGGGAACUAAAUGAUGUGUGAGCACAUAACAGUGUGGUGCUAUGUAUUUAUUAAUGACAAUCAGUAAUGUGUAUUCAGUAAGUGCUUCAAUUAUUUUAUUUUGGUAGUAAAAACUACCCAAAGGUUUUCAGUAGAUGUGUAGUUAUCCUGGGUAUGGAUGAUUAUUUUUUGUUAAAAAUUUAAAGAUUGUAAAAUUAUUUGCUUGCUCUUUCAAAUCCAUUGUACUGUAUAAAGAAUAUAUUUUGGAUUAUGGUCAACGUCCAACUGACAGGGGCGGCUGUGGCUCAGGAGGUAGAGCAGUCGUCCCCCAACUGGAAGGUCGGUGGUUCUGUUCCCGUUCUCUUCAGUCCACGUGUCAAAGUGUCCUCAGGCAUGACGCUGAACCUCAGCUUGCUCCUGAUGGCCAGGUCAGCACCUUUGCAGGGACAGUGCCGCCAUCGGUGUGUGUGUGAGUUGGCGCUGCAGAUGGCUGCCUCGGUUCUG